AUGCAAAGCUGCGCACACGCCCGCCUGAACCAGCAGCAGCAGCAGCAGCAGCAACGCGACCAGCAGCAGCAGCAAGACCAGCAGCAGCAGCUGCAGGACCAGCAGCAGCAGCAGUGUUGCCGGCACAGGAUAGUUCUACAUUUGCUGCGGCAGCACAGGCAGCUGCAGCAGAGGAAGCCAGCAGGCCUAACUCAUUCAGUCCCCAUUGCAGGUGCAGCAGCAGCAAAGGGAAUUUUGCAGCAGCAGCAGCAGCAGCAGCAGCAAAACUGA